CAUUCAUAUAUAAGGCAAAUGGAAACCAAAUAGGAGAAAAAGGACACGCAACAUUAGCCAAAAUAAACAAAGUUUAUUUUUUGGAGAAAAAGCAAAAGAGGCAAUUGGAUACACUUGGAGAGUAUGCUAGAUUUUGGCCUAAAAACGACAAUAGCAACUGUCUUGGCCAUGGAUAACAGCAACAACAACAACAACAAUAGUGGAGAAUCCUCCAUUGAUGAGGAUUUACUGGAUGCUGGAAAUCAAUGGAACAAUUGGACCACUUACACGCCCUCGAUUCUAAUGUACAACGCCAUGAGCAGUGUCAUCUCGAUGGCCAAUCAGACACCCAUCUUUGAUCUCAAUCAGUCAAUGAGUGGCUACAACUCAACUAAACUCACAAGCUCGGAUGAUGUCGAUGAGGAUGCGGCUGCCACAGCCACAUUUGCAUUUGUAGUGCCAUGGUGGCGUCAAGUAUUAUGGAGCAUACUUUUCGGCGGCAUGGUCAUUGUGGCAACGGGCGGCAAUCUAAUUGUCGUUUGGAUCGUCCUCACCACUAAACGUAUGCGCACGGUGACCAACUAUUUCAUAGUGAAUCUCUCCAUUGCGGAUGCCAUGGUCUCGAGUCUGAAUGUAACCUUCAAUUCCUAUUAUAUGCUGGAUAACGAUUGGCCAUUUGGUGAAUUCUACUGCAAGCUAUCACAGUUCAUAGCCAUGCUGAGCAUUUGUGCUUCGGUUUUUACAUUAAUGGCCAUUGCCAUUGACAGAUACGUGGCCAUCAUGAGACCAUUGCAGCCACGGAUGAGCAAGCGUUGCAAUUUGGCAAUCGCAGCGAUUAUUUGGCUUGCCUCGACAGUCAUCUCGUGCCCCCUGAUGUUAGUCUACAAGACGGAAACUCUAACAAAUCACACACGAAUUGUUUGCUAUCCCGAAUGGCCCGAUGGACCCAUGAAUCACUCGAUGCUAGAGUACAUCUAUAACAUACUCAUCAUGAUACUUACCUACAUAUUGCCCAUUGUCUCCAUGACUGUGACAUAUUCCCGUGUGGGUUUCGAAUUGUGGGGCUCAAAGACCAUAGGGGAGUAUAUGCCAAGGCAAGUGGAGAAUGUGCGAAGUAAGAGACGGGUGGUCAAAAUGAUGAUAGUGGUUGUAUCGAUAUUUGCCAUUUGUUGGCUACCCUUUCAUAUGUAUUUCAUAGUGACUUCCUGCUAUCCGGAUGUAACGUCUGAGCCAUUUAUUCAGGAACUCUAUUUGGCCAUCUAUUGGCUUGCCAUGAGCAAUUCAAUGUACAAUCCCAUUAUAUACUGUUGGAUGAAUUCGCGGUUCCGUUAUGGCUUUAAAAUGGUCUUCCGCUGGUGUCCGUUUGUACGGUUGGGCGCAGAGUCACUUAGCCGACGGGAAAAUCUAACAUCACGUUAUUCUUGCUCGGGUUCUCCGGAUCACAAUCGCAUCAAGCGAAAUGAUACACAGAAAUCAAUACUCUAUGCCUGUCCCAGUUCACCCAAAUCGCAUCGAAUUUCACAUUGUGUUUCAGGAGCUCUGCGCAGUGCCACAUUAAGAACAGGCCAUGAGAUAUUGCAUCGCAGAAGAUCGUCUCAGUAUCAACAGGAAAUGCAACAACGUUGGCCGGGUCAAUGUCACAGUCAAAUCCAAGGAAAUUCAUCCACUAUCAAUGCGGAGACAACCACUGGUACCAGCAGCACCAGCACCUCAGGCCAACUCUUCUCCUGACAGCAACCCCCACUGUUGUCAUCAACAUCAUCGUCAACACCGCCAAAUCCGCCUCCAUCUCUGGUCGAGAGCGUGGAAAUGCAAACGCAAAUUGUCUGUUCCUCGCCCUAUAACAAUAAUUAUCGACGUACCAAUAUCGGAGGCUCGGGAAAUGCUAAUGAUGUAACAACCAAUGAUAGAACCUGGCUAUAAGCGAACUAAUUGUCUCGAAUUUAUAUAUUUUUAUCACAGCCAUUUUUGUGUACACCAACAAUAGAUAGGAAGAUGAUUAGCACAAAGAAUCCGCAAAAAUAGUUUCAUAUUUGUCACCGUGUAAAUAUAUUUGUAAUUGUUAGUUCAAUAACCCUUGUUGAUCUUAGACUCCUUGAGUCUCUGACAACGUGACGUAUGAGUAACCAUUUGAGACCAUCACGACCAUUGACCAAUGAUGAUUGUUUCAACUACAUGAUGAAAUUUGUUUCAUUUAAUCAAUUGCUUUUCCAGCACCAAAUCAAAACUGUUUUCGCUAUCGAGUAUUACAAGAUUUGUUAAUGAAUAUGGAUCCAUAUCAUAACAUAGAUUUAGCAAAUAUCAGUUCAUUCUGCAGUGUCAGUUCAAUGAAGAUUCAUAUAGUUAGAUAUAUUCUAGAUAUAUAUAUACAUAUGUUGCAUUCAUAUUCAUCCCUUACAAUUAUAAGCAAAAGAAGACUUUUAACUUUACUAUAUACAUACAUA